CUUUGUUUUGCGUCCUCUUUGUGUUUUUUCUGCUGGGCUUAUCGCUCGCGGCCCCGGUUAACGCGGAGCACUCGUCCUAUAAACGUUCCCAUGCCCGUAGGAGUCUCGAGGUAGCCAACACCAACGCGAGGCGUGCACCCGCUGUUCAUGAUGCCGUUCGAAGGGGGCUUGCGGAUGUGAAUCUUCCUGGUCUUGCUUCUCUUGGUCUCCUCGAUGAUCCUCAGAAGGCUCCCAGCUCGUCUCCCUCGUUACCGCCGCCCAGUAGUUCGGCUACUACGACUGGGUCAACUUCGGGGACGAAUUCGGCGACGGGAUCAGGUGCAUCAUCGUCAUCAUCAUCAUCAGUGACUAGUUCAGCGCCGUCAAGCAAGCAAUCUUCACCGUCAUCUGAUAGCAGCUCGUCUUCUUCGGGAUCUUCUUCGAGUAGUUCAAUCACUAGCGCCUCGAGUCCGAGUAGGACGACGUCGAGUUCCCAGGAGCCAACGACUUCAUGUGGUCUUUUAGGCCUCUUUUGUUCUACAGUUACACCGUCGAGCACGGCUACAUCGAGCGCGUCUGACUCCCAAGCGCCGCCGCCUGCAACUACGAAGUCUAGUGUUACAGCGAGUAAUCCAGGAUCAUCGAGUUCGAAUCAGGGCUCGAACACGCAAUCUGGUCGUCCACCAGCAUCGACUGCUUCUGGAUCAAGUUCCCAGGCUCCGAUAACUUCAUGCGGCGGUCUUUUAGGCCUCGAUUGUAGCACCAUCACACCGUCAAGCACGGCUACUUCGAGCUCGUCGCAAUCUCAAGCACCGCCUGCAACUACUACAGGACCUACUGGCUCUGCGAGUAAUCCGGGACCGUCAAGUUCGAACCAGGGCUCGAACACACAGACCAGUGUACCUCCAGCGUCGACUGCUUCUGGAUCAAGUUCCCAGUCUGUAACAACCGAAUGCCCUCUUGGACUUGACGUAGGCGGGCUUCUUUGUUCUACUGCCUCUUCGCCGAGCUCGUCCCAGUCUCAAGCGCCGCCGGCGUCUACUACGGGGUCAACUGGUUCUGCGAGUAACCCAGGAUCGUCAAGUUCGAAUCAGGGCUCGAACACGCUGACCAGUGGACCGCCGGCAUCGACUGCUUCUGGAUCAUCGAGUUCUCAGGCGCCGACGACCUCUUGCGAUGGGCUUCUUGGUAUAGACCUCAUUUGCAGUACGCAAAGCUCGUCCCAGUCCCAAGCACCGGCGUCCUCAACCACGAAUUCAGGAUCGUCAAAUUCGAACACACUGACCAGUGCACCAGCGUCAACUGCUUCUGGAUCAAGUUCCGCAGCCCCAUCUACUUCUUGCGAUGGGCUUCUCGGUAUAGACCUCGUUUGUACUCCUGUCUCUUCUGCAACGGGUACAUCGACCGUCACGUCUAAUGUACCUUCCGGCUCGGGUAGUUCUGCGACAGCCAGUGAAACCUCGUCAUGCUCCGGACUCCUUUGUUCGAUUACCAGCAGUUUGCUCCCGUCGACAAUCACUUCUGCUCCAGUGACUACAACGACAGGGACAGCUGGGGAUAACAGUACGACGACUUCUGGUACUGAUUCAAAUAGCACUACGAUUACAACUGGGACAAACGGAACUACAACCACAGGGAUCAAUAAUGCCACGAGUACCAUCACAUUCCCAACGACCAAUACAACCAUUGCAGAAGCCACCAAUACCACGAGCCUGAUCACCUUGACGUCUUCCGUCGAUACAUCGACGUCAAUUAACUCGCAGUACUCGUUCCUCACGCAGACCGGCCUGCUCACCUCAAGCGCUGACUCUACCACCUCAUCUACGCUCACUACUCUAACAAACCCAGAUGAGCCGACGACGACUGCGACGCUAGAGAGUGCGACGAGUGGUGCAACUGUCACGGCUGUGCCACUGCCUUCCGGUCUUCCUGCUCGGAUUUAUCCAGCCAGUGGAGGAGUGACAGCUAACGACGAUCUAAAUGAUUAUACGGCUGUUGCUGUUAUGUUUGACGACUCACUGGGCUGGGACUUUGUUGCGACCAACACCGACAGCGCUGCCCAGAUGUUCGCCUUUUUCCCUCCAGCGUUGCAGGUCGGCUUGGGUCUCGCUGCGGAUCAAGUGAAGACGUUUGCGCUUCAAGUCUUCGAGCCGUCAACGUACACGUCUCCUGAUGACAAGGACCAAUUGCGAACUCUAUUCAUCUUGUACAUACCUUCCGACCAAGUCCCCGCACUUCAGCAAGCAAUCAAGGCCAAGCAGUCCAAUUUGUACACCAAGACGACGGGCAUAUCCAACCAGCUGGCUCAGCAUAUCGACGUGUCCUACAGCGUCACCACAAUGCCUGACCCUAUCUCCCAAGAUCCAAAUUCGCCAUCUGGUGGUUCGAGUUCGUCUUCUGGCUCGAGCAACUCGCGACGCGACGCGAUUAUUGGCGUUUGUUCCGCAUUGGGUGGUAUUGCGCUUUGUAUAUUGGUGUUCCUUGUGUACCGGAACUUCAAACGACGUCAAGAAUCAGCACACCACCGACUCGCUGAAAACCCGCAAAUGGAAGUGGUCCCCGCGCCCGGACAGGACUUUGACCGGGAUUCGGUAGGUGGACAACGAAGAAGGUCGUUCUAUUAUGCGGAGGACUCGUUGAGAGGGUUCACGCAGCCUUCGAUGCGGGAAGAUCUUUAUGGUGGUGGACAUAAUGUUAGUGCUGUUCCCGGUGCGGGCGCGGGUGUUGCGGGUAUGAUGCGUGAACGGAGACCUAUUGCGCCUGGGACGAUCUCAGCGCCGAUUUUGAGGGAUAACACUUUGAAUUGGUGAUCUUUCUCCCUUGCGUCUCGUCUCGUCUGCUCUCCCCCUCGUUGAAGCAAGAUAGGUGGUUUUCGUUUUUUUGUGUUCGAAUAUCGAAGAAGAAUGUGUGGGAGUAAGGAGUGAUGGAGAUGGUGGGCAUUGUGUACGUACGCGAACUCGGGGGGGCUUUCUUUUCGAUAUUUGAAAGUUUUUACCCCUCCCUACUUUCGCAAAAUGGCUAUUUUGGAAGUUUUUUUGUUUUUCUCAAACUCAAACAUAUUCCAGGCGGCAACUUUUUCAACAACUUCCUCUUCCUUCCCUCCCCCUCUCUUGCGAAGGCUCUCACCUAUCAAUCCGAAUUCAUCCCAAGCUGGUGCUUGCUUUUGCGUUUUUUUUUCUUUGCUUGGUAGUGGUCGUUAGUUUGUUGGCCUUUUUUUUUCUCAUCUUGUUUUCUUGGGUGCCGAUUUGGGUGACCUUCAUUAGAUUGCACAGAUGUUUUCUGUCUGUCUCUAUCCGUCCGUUUGUCUCGGCAUUUAGCAUUUCGUUUUCGUUUUGUUAUGCUUGAUGUUGGCCGGCAGACAGGCAUCUCUUACUCUUACUCUUAAACCCCCCUCAUCUUUUAUUCAAGUAAUUUAAGUUGUCAGUCUGGGUUUGUUUAUUUUGUGCUUUUUUGGUCGUUUUUCUUUCAUUCUUAACAAUAUCUUUUUAUCAAUUUUUUUUUUGCUCUUUGGUCCUGGUUGAGUCGUUGACACCGAACUUUUUCUUACUUUUACAACCUUUCUAACGAUACGUGUCGUAUGUUUGAGUUGUUUGUUUGCUGCAUAUAUACCCAGCAUUUUUUGUUGCUGUCACUUU